AUGAUGUCCCUUCAAGAAUCAAGUCUGAAAGCUUUGCCAAACCCAGGGGAGCAAGCCAGAAAGGUUUUGCCGCCAUGGCAUAUGGUACGCAUUGCCGUUGAAGAACGGGACUGCAAUGAGAUGAGAGACAGGUUCAGAGAGGAACACAAACUUCGUUUUCGGUACGUACUUAUUGAAUUGCGUGUGUUAGAAGACUUAAACUGGACCCUGCCCUUGUUUCCCAGCCACGUGUGGUGGCUACAGCGAAGUUAGCUAGAGGCGUGGAUUGUUCUGUUUAGAGAGACGCUUAUGGACAUAAGGACAUUAAGAGAUCUUAACUGGCCGUUAUCCAUGAAAAUUUAUUUUGCCAACUUUCUCCAUUCAUUUAGACCAAUGUUACAAAUCGUAGAAGCAUACCGAGGUGGAAACCAAAACGGAAUGUGGCCCGUAGCACUGUUUGUACGUUUUAUUAACCGAGCAUACAGCGAUGGAAAUUUAUACAGACAUUGACCCGCGUAUGCGUUUAUCGCAUUUAAUAUCCAUGCAAUGGCAGAUAGUUAAGUCAGUAAAGUGUUUCAGUAAUUAGUAGCUUUCAUUUAGUUCAAUGGUAAAAACUAAUUAUGUAUUUGUAUGUAGAUCGUCACUUGACCUCAUUCGACUGGUCCCAGAUGUCGAUUGGAGGCCCUUAUUUACAGUCUGGUUUUUGAAUUUUAUUUAGAGAAACCCUGGAACGGCUACCUUUUAUCAGAGACUUAGAGUGGACACCGCGCAUGAAAAUUCUUUUUCUGCCAUUGUGAAAACGUGUGUUUUUGUUGUUUAUUGUAGAAGUGUUGUGCAAAACAUAAGAAGGUGGAAAAAGAUGACGUAUUGUCCAUUUACGAAAUGGUUGAAUUUUUACAAAAUAUAUGUAGUCAUUGUGAAAGAAUGUUUGAGUUUGUUCUACCAUUAUAUGGUUUAAUUUUGAGGUGGAAACACGAAGAGGUAGACACAAAUUGGGAACACAAGACCCUUUUGAAAUGGUAUAUAAAGGGGCAUCGAUUAUUCAAAGACUAGGACGGUAAACGAAUGGUGUAUUUUUUAUUUUCUAGACCAACACUUGUGAAACUGAGAGUGUUACCUGGUUGCCCCGUUACAUCGUGGGUCUAUACAGGGGAAACAUGCAGUAGUUGCGAUCUAAGAAUUGGACUAUUUGGAAUCUGUAUUGAAGACUGGCUUCUAUUUAGGACUCGGUCAGAAGACUUUGACCUGUUUGCAGCCUAUGUCAAAGUUUGUAGAGUGUAUGCAUCAUUAAUCGAAAGGUACCCCUUUGUACUUCCAGAAGAACAAUAGAGGAAAUCGGAGAAAGAGCUUUUUGUUUUCACACCCAAUGGGUCAAUACAAGUACUGACGAACUGUGUGCCCAAGGUUUAAGGAUUUUAACUUCAAGAUUAAUUAUAGAUGACCAUAUUGAUUUGAACUACUGGAAAUAUUUAAGGGCAACAGCCAAAUACAGACGAAAAGCACAUGAAACUUGUUUUGUAUUGUAUGAAACUUUAUUUGAAGAAUGGAUUGAAAUGGGCGGGGAAGUUUAGCUUCCACCACAAGUUCCGCUUGUAAUAGGUAUUUUAAUAAAGAGUGUUGAAAGAGUGUAAAAGUAAUCGGCUCCAUAAUUAACUGGGAAAUAAGACGGAGUAAUGGAUAUUAAAUUAGAAAGGGAAAAAGAAAAUAAGACUUACCGUAAAAACUCGUGUAUAAGCCGCACCUUUUUGCCGAAAUUUUGAGUCAAAAAUCGCGGGUGCGGCUUAUACACGAGACCAUUGCUCUCAAAGGGAGUAAACUGGCUUGUAGGGGUCACAAAUUGAACUGAAAACCUUCAGUAAAUAAAGAUUAAACAUAUUGAAACCUGUCGUUGAUCAUUGCUUUCAGUAGAAGUGGUGGCUCCUAAAGGAGCCGUUUGUUUGCAUCUUCAGGUUCUAUACCUGAAUCUUGCUCGCCAGUAGUUCUUUUAAGCGUUUCAUCUGCGCUUUGUUUGAGCAGUUAAACUCUAACUGGCACGGAAUCUCCAUUCCUCCGCACAGCUGCUUACAGUGUCGUCUGCGACCGAUCACUUCAACGCUGAUUUCCCCACUACGUGCAAGAAAAUACCACGCUAUUCGAGAGAAUUCGCGAGGCAAAUGGCCGACCGUUUCGUCGUCCUUCACUACUUUCACGGCGUGUUUGUCCAUUGGGUUGUUAAACUCUCGUUUAGCAACUCUCGUUUCUCUGGUGUCCAGACUUCCCUCGUCAAAUAAACGCGUGGUUACUAAGCAAUCGUUUUGUAGCAUUCUCCAGCGCUUCAUUUUCGUUACAUCGUUCCAUUUUCAUUUCAACUGUGGGCUUUAGCAAUGAAGAGAACUGUUGUCUUUCGCAGGAAAUGGGGAAAUUGAUUAAAGAGAACCUUUUAAAAGGUAUUUUCAGAGUUGAUUAACUUAUUUAAAAUGUCACUGCAAAUACACAACAUUAAAUUUCCUCAAGUUUAUUUGUGAACAUUUUGAUGCGCAAACAAACGAUCACCUUUUUUACAAAAGCGUAUUUUUGGUUUUUUUUUUUUCAAAAUCAUGCUUGAAAGUUGGGGGUGCGGCUUAUACACGAGUGCGGCUUAUACACAAGUUUUUACGGUAACAUCACGUAUGAGGAAAAGAACAUGAAAGAAAAAGUAAAAAAAAGGUUGAAAGAAAAAAGCGAAAGGUCAUUGCGUGCAAGCAAAAAGAGCGAGUAUUAGUCACUGACGUCAAACAAGAUUGCCGCCUAAUCCCCGAAAACAAAGGGUGAACAUUGGGUUCAUUUUGCUAGCUCAGCAAAAGUAAUGUCCCGCGUUUUUAGAAAUAAGCAAUUUGCUUACCGGCAGAACGAAGGUGAAAUAGUAAUUGCGUCAGCAAUCUUGGCAACAAUGAGUACUUACGUCAAUGGAAAGAGCCCACCUCAGCAACAAAAUUAUUUCCCACGUGUACAAUACGCUUCAGCGAGUUUGUAUGCAAAUGAAGCCUGAACACAUCAAAGGCCAAUAUUGCCUUUUGUUUCAGCGAUUAUAAAGGAACGACAAUUUGCCCACAAUCGUUCAUUCAGUGCCAAGUGUCUUAGAGUCUUGAGCAAUUAGCCAUCACAAUGAGUCAACAUUGUCAAAGUGUAAGUUCUAAUUCAGCUAAGUUAUUGCUUGAAAAUGAACCAAGAUUUAUCAAAUGAAGGUAAGAUUGUUUAAUUACCCGUUGCGUAAAACAAAGUGUUUAAAACGAAGCAGAAAGCAGAGUGCCUAAAUGCUGUCGUAUAUACAGCUCAUCAGCUACAACGGGGAUGGCGUUCAAGAGCCAGCCUCAAUAGAAGCAAUGGAUAGCGACAUUGAAGGUAAAUUGUGUUAAUGUUUGGUGUAUUAUUAACCGAGCGUCAACAAAAAGUAUUGUAGGCGAAAGUGUAAGUAAAAGACAGAAUUAUAACUGCGAACGGUGUUAACGGUGCGUAAACAAAGUGAAUGCAGAAACUUAUUUUUACGGAGCAAAGCAUACCUUAUUAUAGGAAAUUAACACUCCAUGAAAUUAAGGUAUUGGAAAUUAAUGCGACUUAAAUUGACACGAAUUUAAUUGAAAACGACUUUCGAAUAAAGAAAAUUAACACGAAAGAGGACGUAGAAUUUCACAAUAAAGGAAAUUAAUGCGCAGUAAGACAGUUGGUGGUGACAACUGGAACAAAUUUAUUUCAACACUGCAUGCAAAAAAAAAUCAAAACUGAACAAAACUGAGCUGACAUCACUUCUGACAGCGACAACGAUGAAGAUGAACUCGAAAUAUUGUAAACCUUUGCCUUAGCUUUUGUGAAAGGUGGAAAAUAAAGGGUAAAUGGAAAGAAAGAAAGCCUUUAGUUAAUGUUUUUUAGCUGUCAAGAAUGUUAGGUUUUUAAAUUAUAACCGCAAACUGAGUGAACUGGAAAGGUAGAUUUCAAUUAAAACACAAAAAAUAACAGUAAUUCGAGCAUUUUGAAGCGUAAAGAAAAUGUAGGCUUAAUUAGCAAAAACAACCAAGCGUUAAUGCAGGCGUUUUGUUUUUAUGUUUAUAUAGCCUUAAUGAACGAAGAUGAUGAGAAUCUGUUGUCUGCCUUCCGCCUCUUCGAGCAACUUGGGGGGAAUCCACUUUCCCAGGCAAAAGUUACACCAGUGGGAAGAAACAGAUCGUUUCGUGGCAUUGUAGACCAAAAGAAAUAUAGGCUUACUUUACAACAACUGCGAGAUGCGCAAAAUGAACCACUAGGGGAAGCCAUCACCGAAGCUCUAAUUCAGGGGUUGCAGAGGGUGGUGGAAAACGAGGGUUCACCUUUGUGA